CCAAAUCUCCCUCCAUUUAUUAUCCUCUUUGUCUUCCUCCUCCUCCUCCUCCUAGAAGAAACUCUGCAAGUCCAAGCACAAAGAUUUGUAAGGCUUGAAGUUUGUUUUCAUCAAUGGAUAAAGCAGCAAGUCAUGAAGAACUAAUUACGGAGAAGCUCGACAAGUCACUUAGAGGUGGUGCCUCUGAGAUGCUGUUCUCCAUUACUCAACUGAGAGGUAUACAGAAGCAUAGCAAGAUGGUUGAAGCCAACCUCAAGAGUAGAUCCAAAGCGCUAGAGUUAAAGGAGAAGGAGCUCCAGACUCUGAGCUCUGACCUUGAACAAAAGGUUGAGACUUUCGAGAAGGAGAAGACUGAAGCUGGUGAUAUGAAGAAGCUGGUGGGAGAGUGUGCGGAAGAGCUGAGGUUGAAGAGAAACGAGCUGACUGAGAUUGGGAGGCUUUGCAGCGAGACGAGUAAAAAGAAGUGCGAGUUGGCGGUGACUUUUGAGAAGGUUAAGGAAUGUGAGAAGCGGUUUAAGAUGAAGUCGUUGGAGUUAGCUUCUAAAGAGAAGGACUUGCGGGGUGUGAGAGAGUCUAUUGAGGUUUCUGAUUCUGAGCUUGAGGUGAAACAGAAGAUGGUGCAGUCAUUGCACGAUGAGAUUGACUCCAAGUCCAAAGAGUCAAGGGAGAUCAAAAGAGUGAUUGAGCAACAAACCAGUGAGCUUGUCGUCAUGCAAAAGCAGCUUGAUUCUAUCAGAAGCUCUUGUGAGAUGGAAGAAAGAGAUAAAGAAAAGGAGCUGGAUCUGCUUAAGAAUCAGAUAGAGUCAGAGGAGAAGAAACUCCUUCAGCUCAAGAGAGAAAAGGAAGUGGUGACAGGUAUAAAGAAGAAAGAUUUGGAGCUGACUCUUUCCAAGAUUGAAGAAUCCAGCCAGCAGCUUGCGGAUGUGAAUCACCAACUUGAGUCUCAGCGGAGACAGCUCGAGAUGCAGUCAGUUGAGCAAGUUUCUAAACGAAUGGAGUUUGAAAGUCUUCGAGAAUCAAGCAAGCGCUUGGUCUGUGACCUUGAGGUGAAAGAAAAGAGGUUACAAGAAUUAAACAAUCUGAUAAAGAUCUCUGGCGAACAGCUUAACUUGAAAUCCAAAGAGCUGGGGGAGAUUGAAAGGGAGCUCAAGCUCAAGAGACGCUUGAGACAGAUGAGCACUGUGCUUGUUACGCGUGAGAAGCGACCUGUCAGUGACAGCAGUCAGCAGAAUGCAGAAGAAGACACUGAACCGAUAGAUACUCUCAUGCCUGAUGGAAUCUCAGCUUCUCUUACACGCCAUGAAGUCUCCGGCGUACUUAGAGCUACACCAAAUCCAGCAGGAUUUGUUCUGGAACAAGUGCAGGAUGGAAUUAGACAAGGGUCAACUUUUCAAGACACGUUCUUGGAGACCUUGGUUCUUAUUUUUGAGGAGCUAGUCAAAAUUCAAGGACCGGACGAGUCUCAGCUGCUGCAGCUCCAAGCUACAGAAGUGGCAACUCUAUGGAAAGAGAGGAUAACCAUCGAAGCUCCAAAGUCAACUCUCGAGGCUUUGGCCUUUCUUCUGUUCAUCAUUGCAUAUGGAUUGAAGACAUUGAUCAAUGAAGAGGAAACUGCUUUCCUUGUCUCAUCUAUUGCUCACUACGGACAGGCUCCAAGACUCUUUGGAUAUCUGAGUCUCAACCCUAAGAUCCGAGAGUUUGUUGAAGAGCUCAUCAAGAAAAGCUUGUAUAUUCCUGCAGUUAGGCUUAUCUGUUUGUUUAAUCUUGAUAAAGAGGAUAAAGAGGUACCCUUCUCACCUUCAGAGCUCUUGAAGAAAGAGAUCACCACUUUCAGACGUUCUGCCCUGGAAAAUAGAUCCACUGAAUCCUCACAGGCGAAAGAGAGAGAUGGUGGAAGACUGAGAGCUAUACUUGAACUUGUGGCGGAUUACAAGCUUAAAAUAGAUCUCCCAGGUGACCUCAUCGCCAAGCUCAUGGUUGAAGGAGAAAGGUCAGCCCCUGUAGCUCAUUGCUCUGUCAUACAUGUCGCCUCCUCAUCAAAUCCACGAGCUGGGUUGAAGAAGAAACAGUUGGGACAGACAAAAACUGUGCUGGUAAAACAUACUGGUGUAAAGCAGGAGAAUCUUGGUACAACUUUGCCAGCUGAUGUUAAGUCCAUCAAACUCCGAGCAUCCUCCAGUCGCACGUAUCAGAGGAGAGGGAACUGAAGAAAAGGACAACACUUAUCAGGAGGAGGGAUUGCUAAUUAAGUGUUAAAAUAACCGUAGUUGUAUGACUUGUGUCUUGAGGUUAAAAAAUAUGUUAUUAGCAACUUGUAAGUCCUAAUGUUAUGGUCUGUAAUAAGGCUAACUAGUAGAAACUAAACAGAGAGUGUGACUCUUUUGUA